AUGGGAGGAGUCACCGUUCGCGAUGUCGAUGCGCAAACAUUCAUCAACGCCUAUGCCGACUUCUUGAAGCGUCAAGGCAAGCUGCAAAUCCCUGGCUGGGUCGACACAGUCAAGACCUCACACUCCAACGAGCUCCCACCUCAAUCACCCGACUGGUUCUACGUCCGCGCCGCUGCUGUGGCCCGACAUGUCUAUCUCCGCAAAUCAGUCGGUGUUGGUCGUUUACGAAAGGUUCACGGUAGCACAAAGAACCGCGGUUCGAAGCCAAUGCACCACGUGGAUGCUUCCGGUUCAGUAGAUCGCAAGGUUUUGCAGGCUCUUGAGAAGCUGGGCAUUGUUGAGAAGAUUGAGGAGGACGAGGACACUACUGGCAAGGGCGGUCGGAGAAUCACACAGUCAGGUGCCCGAGAUCUGGAUCGUAUUGCUCAGACUGCUGUCGAGGGCGACGACGAGGAUGACGAGUAG